AUGACAGAGGUGCCGCUUUCCUUUAUCAUAAUUACCAUCUUUUCAUGCUUUGACUCCACUCAAAAUUCCUUCCGUCACUUGAUGGGGAGUGGCCACUCAAUUCUUCUUGCGCAAAGACUCAAGCACGACUCUGCUCACUCCGUCCCAGUCCCUGUCUCCACGUGCCGAUACUACUACAGAUUAUGGCACCCUCACAAAAUGGAGUUGGCGUUCGCGCCGAGGACACCAGACUUUGCGUGGUGAUGGUGGGCCUUCCAGCCAGAGGGAAGUCGUACAUAGCACAAAAAGCUCAACGAUAUCUUCGCUGGCUCUCCAUCGAGGCAAAGACGUUUAACGUCGGUAAUUACCGGCGCAAAGACGCUGCUCAUCCGCCUGCCGACUUUUUCGACACGCAGAAUGAGGAUGGUGAGAAGAAGCGUCGGGCGGCCGCCGAGGCUGCCAUCAACGACAUGCUGAGUUGGUUCCGUAGUGGUGGCAUCGUCGGUAUCCUUGAUGCCACAAACAGCACCAAGGAUCGCCGCAAGUGGGUUCGUGAGCUCAUAGAGGCCGAGGGUAUUGAGGUCAUGUUUGUUGAGAGCAAGUGUGACGAUGAGAACCUCAUCUUGGCCAACAUUCGGGACGUCAAGACAACAAGUCCUGACUACCAGGGAAUCGACGCUGAUCAGGCAGCUGCCGACUUCCAAAAGCGCAUUGAAAAUUACAAAAAGGUUUACAAAACCAUCGACGAAGACCAAGAUGAGGAGGACUUGACAUAUCUCAAGAUCAUGGACGUUGGAAAGCAGGUCAUUAUCAACCGCAUCCAGGACUACCUCGAAAGUCGGGUUGUUUAUUUCCUCAUGAACCUACACAUUCGUCCGCGGUCGAUUUGGUUGUCACGUCAUGGCGAGUCUAUGUAUAAUCUCGACGGCCGCAUUGGAGGCGAUUCGGAGCUCUCUCCCCGCGGCGAGGAAUACGCAAAAGCCUUACCUGACCUAGUCAGGCGGUCUGUUGGAAAUGACCGUCCGUUAACGGUCUGGACAUCAACCCUCCGUCGCACUAUCGCCACAGCACGCCAUCUACCUCCACACUACAACCAGCUGCAGUGGAAGGCACUCGACGAGCUUGACGCCGGCGUGUGCGAUGGCAUGACCUACCAGGAAAUCAAGAACGUCUACCCCGCUGAUUUCCAGGCUCGCGACGAGGACAAGUACAACUACCGAUACCGCGGUGGAGAGUCGUACCGGGACGUGGUUAUUCGACUGGAGCCCAUCAUCAUGGAGCUGGAGCGAUCCGAGGACAUACUCAUCGUCACCCACCAGGCCGUUCUCAGGUGUAUUUACGCCUACUUUACUGAGAAGGACCAGAGUGCCAGCCCCUGGAUGCACGUCCCAUUGCACACAUUGAUCAAGCUGACGCCUCGCGCAUACGGGACCGAGGUGGAGAGGAUGAGUGCCGGCAUCGAGGCUGUCAGCACCUGGAGAGGGAAGGGCAGCACCGCCAAGCAUGAGGAUCCAGUACCCGAAGCUAUGAACUAG